AGGAACCGGAUGCAUUUUUCAGAAGACACGACUCCAGUGAUAUACCUACAGCACAUUAUAACUGUACCCGGUAGGAGGAUUUAAUAAGUCUAAGGGUGCUAUUAAGUUUCUCAGGACAGACUCAUCUUUGCAGAUGCAACUGCAGAACAGGAAACAGACCCAGAGAGAAUUUUAGCCCCCUCUAAAUCUCAUUGGCCCUCUGCACAAGCCAAGCCACAACCACUCCUGCAACACAACCGAUCCCUUUCAGCACUCGCAUCCGUGGACAGCUCCCUUACCGCGCGGUCCUUUUCUCUGCAGUGAGCAGACUUGCUCAGCCAGCAUCGGUCGGGUCGGCACUGCACCGAAACCCGACAUCGACGCCGAGUCCAAGCCAGCGUGCAAAGAACACGCGCUCCCUCCCUCUUCCCUCUCCGCACCCCCGCCCCUCGCUCACCCCGGCCCACUCCAGCAGCGACUUUGAGGGAUUCCCUCUUGGGCGGCCUCUGCAGCAGCACAUCUGGCCUCGUUCGCUACUCCGCGAGCAUGGAUCUCCUAGGAAGAGCAGUCUCCGGUGUCCAUAGACUUCGAGUUCUCCUGAUGCUGCUCCAUGCAAUGGCUCGAAUCAUGGCUGAACAAGAAGUGGAAAAUCUCUCAGGCCUUUCCACUAACCCUGAAAAAGAUAUAUUUGUAGUGCGGGAAAAUGGGACAACGUGUCUCAUGGCAGAGUUUGCAGCCAAAUUUAUUGUACCUUAUGACGUGUGGGCCAGCAAUUACGUCGAUCUGAUCACAGAACAGGCUGAUAUUGCGUUGACCCGGGGAGCUGAAGUGAAGGGCCACUGUGGUCACAACGAGUCGGAGCUGCAGGUGUCCUGGGUGAAUAGUGCAUACGCUCUGAAGAUGCUCUUUGUAAAGGAAAGCCACAACACAUCCAAGGGACCGGAGGCGACUUGGAAGCUGAGCAAGGUGCAGUUCGUCUAUGACUCCUCGGAGAAGACCCACUUUAAAGACGCAGUCAGUGCUGGGAAGCACACGGCCAACUCGCAUCACCUCUCUGCCUUGGUCACCCCAGCUGGGAAGUCCUAUGAAUGUCAAGCCCAGCAGACCAUUUCACUGCCCUCCAGUGAUCCACAGAAGACAGUCACCAUGAUCCUGUCUGCAGUCCACAUCCAACCCUUUGACAUCAUCUCAGAUUUUGUCUUCAGUGAAGAACACAAAUGCCCUGUGGAUGAGCGAGAGCAAUUGGAAGAAACCUUGCCACUGAUUUUAGGGCUCAUCUUGGGCCUUGUCAUUGUGGUAACACUUGCUAUUUACCAUGUUCACCACAAAAUGACUGCCAACCAGGUGCAGAUCCCCAGGGACCGAUCCCAGUAUAAACACAUGGGCUAGGCACUAUCAGGCAGACGGCCCCCAGUCCUGUCUUCCAAAUGGAUCAGGUAGAAAAACAAAAGCACUUUCCACCUUGUACACAGGAUACACCAACAUAGCUACAAGCAAACAGGCCUGGUAUCCGAGGCUUGCUUGGCCUGUGUCCAUGCUUAAAGCCAGGGAUUGGGGGGGGAUUUUUUUUGAUUCUUGGGGUGAAUUGCAGAAAUUACAGAUGUCCUCUCCAUGUGGUGGAGUGCAGAGGGAGGGGCUCAGCCAGCUUUCAUGCUCAUGAUGGCUUGAUUUUGACUCUCCAAGGAACAACAAUCACUAUUUGGAGUGGUAUCUUGUUCCAAGAAAAUUGAGAACACACUGCUUCUGAGAGGACACUCCCUUGGGUUCAGAGGCAUAGUGUGUGCUUGGUUCCCUUGGACACAGCUGGCUUGCUUUAUACAGUUGUCAAUGCAUACAAAAUGUAACCUCAUGCUCCCUGCAGCAAGACCCCUGAAAGUGAUCCAUGCUUCUGGCUGGCAUUCUGCAUGUCUAGUGAUUGUCUUGGGAAUGUUUCACUGCUACCCGCACCCAGUGACUGCACAGCACAAGAACCCGUUUAAUGUAACUAUGCAGAGUUGUUUGGACUUCCUAAUAUGUCAGGUUCAAGUAAAGAGACCUGAAGAAUCAAUCCUUGUGAAUUUGUUUUUCAAAAUGAAUUAAAAUACACUACUCUCUGGUCUUUGGCUACUUUCUUGAA